AUUGCCCUCACCAUCAUGCUGGCUUUCCCAACAGGACACAGGGCCCUGCAGAUCCUGCCUGUCAAUCUCGAUGAAGGAAGGAGUAAAACAUUUUCUGCCUCCUGUUUGACAACUGAGUCCAACCCCGGUAUGGCCUGGACGACAGUGGACAUUGCCAUCAUUGCAGGAGUGAUCGCUGCUGUGGCCUUCUUCCUGGUCUGCCUCCUUGUCCUCACGCUACACUACAUGUACCGGCACAAGGGUACUUACCAUACCAAUGAGGACAAGGGCACAGAGUUUGCUGAGACCGCAGAUGUAGCCAUGCAGGAUGACCUAUCUCUCCAAGAGGCUGGUGACAACAGCAGAAAGGAGUACUUUAUCUGAGGGGCACCAGACCUUACCUCCCCCAGUGCCUCCUCCUACUCCAUGACUUCACUCAACCAUCUGCAAUACCAAGCAGACCAUGAGAGCACCCACCCCAGCCCAAGACAGGGGAAUGCUGGGUGCUGGGCCAGGGAGCUGGGAGGAGAGGAAGAGGAAUUCAGUCCAGAGAAUCCUCUCCCAAGGGCACAAUGACCACUGAUGCGGCCAGCUUUUGCUCUGCCAGAGGGAAGAAGUCUGGGUCUUCCUAGGCAGUGUAAUUUAUCCUCAGUGUGGUGUGUAAGUUCUUGCUGAAUCUGAGUGGGAUGGGUGGGCCUGGGGACUGAAAAUCAAGGAAGUGAGUCAGCAGUAUGGUGAUUAGGACAAUGGCAUCAAAUGUCACUCUUUGACAUCCAGGGGAAUAGCAGGUGACAGAGCUAUGGACACCUUAGUCUUCUACUGAUCCAGCUGUAAGUGAUUGGAAAUAAAUUUGAAACCUAACUGAGUACUCAGAGUCAAACAGUAUUACCAUAAUUGUCUGGAGGAGAGUAAAUGCCACCCAGGACUGGCUUUUUACCAAUGCAUCUGUGUAUCUCUGAUAGAGUCUACGUGUAUGCCUGAAUGCAUGGGGCUGCACCGUCCACUUCUGGCUCCAUUGCCAGUCCCAGCACAGAUAGCACACAUGGCUCCUAUGCCUUCCAGGGGAGGGAGGGACAAGUGACCAGCAUUCCUUUUCCUCACACAGUCACUAGCUUCAUGAAACAAAUGUAACAGUGGAAUGUCCCUCUAGUAAUAGACUGUCCCCGCACAAGGGCAGUGGCUGAAGCAUUGAUUCUCUAAUACAGUAUUAGAAAAAAAUGGACCUGUUAAAAAAAUAUGAGUGAACCCCAUCCUUCCCAUAAUAACAGUGGUUAGAGCACAGAGUCCUUGGGUUUGGGCCCUGGCUCCCCUUUCCUGGUCCUAGAACUUGGUCAACUGGCUUGACCUCUAUGGCCUUCUUGUCCCUCUUGUGAACAUCCCUCCAUGGUACACAUUCUCAGGAUUGAUGGCAGUAACAAAUGUGCCAAGUGCUCAGAAUCGUUUUAUAAUGCCAUUAUGUGGUACUGGAUAUAAACUAUGUAUGUGUAGGUAAACAAAAGUUCCUCAUUGCACCACUUCUAAAUGCUUCCUGAACAGCAAUUAUAAUUUAGAAUGAAUAGCAGAAAAGAAAGAUGAACUUACUAACCAUCCCCUUUCAUAAGAAUCUCUCCAAGACCCCCAGUAGCUCAGCAAUUGCCCAAAAACCAGCAGCUCCAAGAUUAAAGACUUGGAGCCUGGCUGUACUCUGGCUACCAGGAAAUCCCUAGGGCUCAGAUUUCCAUAGGUGGCCCCAUUUACAACUGGGAAUCAGCUAAAAGGUCCCUUGUCACUCUCCCUAGAAAGAUAAUGGAUCCAAGCUCAGUCAGGGAUGACUAACCACCAGCCAAAGGAGCUGGAAGUCCUGGGGCUCUCAUAAGGCAGAGAGGCAGAGAGGAGAAA